AAGAAAAGAGAAGUGACACAGGAAGUCAAGUGGCUUGUGGUAAACAGCUCAUAGCAGUAGCAUUGAGAUGCUUAGUUCUGUGAUGUGCAGAAGACCUUGAACCUUCACAGAAUGUAUCAGUGUUCGACACUCAGCUCUGUGAACUUGUUUUCAGUGUGAUCCCAGAACGACAUUUAAACGUCCCUUCGCCUGGCACGGAUAGUGUACAAACAACUGAAUUGUUUUAACUUCACAAACAUGGGAAACAGCGGAGAAGAGGGAAAACUGCACCGAAAACUGUCUCGCAUAGGGAGCAGGAGUCAGAGAGAAUCUGCAAGAUCUCCACCUCAAGCAGAAAGGCCUCCACCUGCCGCCCCUCCCAGACAACCUGAACCUGCUCCAAGACCUCCAGAGGUGGCUGCAAAACCUUUAGAGCCUGCUCCCAAACAGCAAGUGGUCUCCCCAAAGCCCCCUGAUGCCAGCUUAAAGCCUAACAUUCGUCCCAAACCUCACAUACAGGUGUUCAGUAGCAUUGAGCACGGAAAUGUCAUACUUAAGGGUCUGGAUCAUUUUCGCUGUGACAAAACCUUAUGUGAUGUCACGCUGGUGCCUGGGGAUAGUACUGAAACCUUUCCAGUUCACAGAGUGAUCAUGGCUUCAGCCAGUGACUACUUCAAGGCUAUGUUCACAGGUGGAAUGAAAGAACAGGAGCUGCCUGAAAUUAAACUUCAUGGAGUGAGCACCACAGGCCUGAAGAAGAUUAUUGAGUUUAUUUAUACAUCACAGCUAAGUCUGAACUUAGGCACCCUUCAGGACACUCUGGAGGCUGCCAGUUUCCUCCAAGUGAUUCCAGUUCUCAACUUCUGCAAUCAGUUACUUAGCAGUGAGGUCACCAUCGAAAACUGCACAGAAGUCGAACGCAUUGCUAACGAUCUGCUUCUGGAAGAUGUCCAGACCCACUUACACAACUUUGUCUGUGAGAACUUCUCAGCUCUAGUGCAAAGUGAUCGUUUUCUGGAGCUUUCUGAGGCCAGCAUAGCACAUGCCUUAUCAAGUGAUUCACUGAAAGGAUUCUCAGAGAUGGAGCUCUAUCGCACUGCCCGUACUUGGCUAGCUCAUAAGCCCAGUGAACGCCGGCCUGCAGCCUACUCCUUGAUGCGCCACAUUCGCUUCCCCCUGAUGACCCCUGCUGAACUCCUGCAGAUAUCACAGGAAGACCAGAUUGAUGAGGAUAAUGAUGAGGAAAAGGAAGGCAAGGCGCCAUUCAUGCGUUCUGACACAGCUUGUGUGAACCUACUCUUGGAGGCUAGCAACUACCAGAUGCUGCCGUUCCUUCAGCCAUUACUCCAGACAGAGAGGACUCGCAUUCGUUCAGACACAACAUACCUUCUGGCUCUGGGUGGAGUGAUGAGGCAACAGCUGGUGGUGAGCAGAGAGCUUAGGCUGUAUGAUGAGGAAGAAGGAGGCAUCUGGAGAGCCCUCCAGCCAAUGGAAAUGCCUCGCUAUCAGCAUGGAGUGGCUCUUUUAGGCGGCUUCCUUUACAUUGUAGGAGGGCAGAGCACUUAUGACACAAAGGGAAAGACAGCAGUGGACAGUGCAUACAGGUAUGACCCUCGAUUCGACCGCUGGCUGCAGGUGGCAUCCCUGAAUGAGAAGCGGACUUUCUUCCAUUUGAGUGCUCUGAAGGGGAAGCUCUACGCUGCUGGGGGGAGAAACGCCACUGGAGAGAUUGGCACAGUGGAGUGUUAUAAUCUAAGCAAGAAUGAGUGGACCUUUGUUGCACCCAUGAGUGAGCCUCAUUAUGGCCAUGCUGGUACAGUACAUGGAGGGCUAAUGUAUGUGUCAGGGGGAAUAACGAGAGAUGCUUUCCAGAAAGAGUUGUCUUGUUAUGACCCCAACACAGACACAUGGAGUCGUCGUGCUGACAUGAUGGAGCUCCGUGGACUGCACUGCAUGUGCACUGUAGAAGACCGACUCUAUGUUAUGGGUGGAAACCACUUCCGUGGAACAAAUGACUAUGAUGAUGUCCUCAGUUGUGAAUAUUACACUCCGGCAAAUGACCAAUGGACUGUGGUGGCUCCGAUGCCCAGAGGUCAGAGCGACGUUGGUGUGACCGUGUUUAAAGGCAGAAUUUAUGUGGUAGGAGGCUAUUCUUGGAACAGCCGUUGCAUGGUCGACAUUGUGCAGUGUUAUGAUCCUGAAAAGGAUGAGUGGGAGAGGGUCUUUAAUGUGUUAGAGCCUUUAGGAGGUAUACGAGCUUGCACUAUGACUGUACAUCGUCCAAGUGGGUCUGUAGAUGAAGUACAGUUACAGGAAUGUCCCCUUCAGACUACUAAGAACUGAGUAACAGACGAUUUAACAUGUCUGAAUCAUAGCAAAAAAGAGAGUGUGUGUGUGUGUGUGUGUGUAUGUGUAUAUAUAUAUAUAUUGUUUUGGGGUUUUUUUUCCAUUUUUGAAUGAACAGUGUUACAGAGGAUUAGACUAGACUACUCUGUAUAAACUACAGGAAUGUCCCCUUCAAACUACUCAGAACUGAGGAAUGGAUGAUCUUACAUGUCUGAAUCAUACCAACAUGAGUGUAUAUAUUAUUUUUCUUAUUAUUGUUAUUAUAAUUAUUAUUAUUAUUUUCAUCAUCAUUAUUAUGGAGGAUUGGAGAAAAGCUGUGAAUACAGUUUCUGUGCAUUAUGUAUAUUAUAUUGCUCUCUUUACUCUUAAUAAAACUAACAAAACAAUUUGUGCUUUU